AACGAACCCGGAAGUGCAGCACCGACUGUAAACACAGCUGUAGACGCUGUUGCUAAAGCAAAAGAUGGUAUACGUGUCGAACGGUCAGGUCCUGGACAGCAGGUCCCAGUCGCCAUGGCGAAUGUCCUUCCUGGUGGAUUUCUUCUGGGGAGCCGUGGACUUCAUCGGCCUGUUUUUUAAGACGAUACUUCACCCCAACAUGACAAAGGAUGGGAACGGUGGUUUAUCCCGCUUCACUGAUGGCAGAGGUCCUCCAGGUCCUCCUGGUAGCAGAAGACGGAUGGGAAGAAUUAACCACGGUGCAGGUCCCACCGCCCCACCGAUGGGUGGAGGAGGAUGAGGAAGGUAAACGCCUACACUAAAUGUGUAGGCGUGGGGCCUGGCACAGUGUCCAUUUGCUGACAACCGAAAGAAAGAUGGUGAUGUCACAGUGCUGAAGCCCCUCCCCUCAUCAGCUGCCGCUGCAACGAGCAGCUUCUUGACGCCUUUCUGGGAAUUCCUACACGUAGGAACCAGAAUGACCGAUCCAGCAGCUAUCCACGGUUCCUCCCUUUAUCCUCUUUGGAGUCCCACCAGUUCUUUUCUAGGAAUCAUUCAUUAGUUUGCCAUUAUUUUGUAUCUUUGUUUCAAUAAAAUUAUGCAAUGUUUAAACAUG